AUGUCUGAUAUAUCAAUGGAGGAUGGCAGCAUCCCUAAGCAUCAACAGGGCAACAAAUAUAGAAAGUACUACGAGAGUGUACAUACCGUGGUCAAGAGUGAGAAGGGAGGAGGUUCAUCAGGUGAACGUGACUACCUACCAAGGUCAUGGGUACAGAGUGACAGCAGAGACGACGACUCUUCAUCAUCAUUGCCUUCAUCAUUUAGAAGACAGUCUAAUAGAGGCUAUAGUAGUGGCAGUGGCAGUAGAUCACAUCAUCAUCGUGAUAACAACAUCAGCAGCAGAGGACGUUAUGACAACAAUAGAGACUAUAGAGACAAUAGAGAUAGAUAUAGAGACAAUAGAGAUAGCAGAGAUGAUAGAGAUAGAGAUAGAGACAGAGACAGAGGAGAUAGCCACUAUAGAGGUGGUGGUGGCAGAGAUGUUUCAAGGACUGGACAUACACCAAAGAGCUUCCUUAGAGGAGGAGGCGGAUCAAGAUCAAUGCACAGACGAGGAGGAGGACGAAUGGAUCCGUUUGAUAGUAGAGGAGGAAGAGGUCAUGUACAGCAGCUGGACCAACACUUAUCUUGGACACAUGAUAAGUUUGAGGAUAAUGAUAAAGAUGUUGAUAAUGAUGAUGAUGAAGAUGAUACAAAGAUUGGAAGAGAAUGUUAUGAUGACAAGAACAAUACUGGUGACAACAAGGAGCAACAUAAUGAUGAAGAAGACUAUGAUGAUGAAAGAUCUGGUCGUCACAAGGAUGACGAAGAUGACAGCAACAGUCGAAGAAGAUCAGCUGCAACGACCAAUCAAGAAGUGGAUGACGAAUACGAAGAAGGAAUGCUGUAA